UAAAAAAAUAUAUUUUCUUUUCCCCAAUACAGAGGUAUUAUUUUUAGUGUCCUUUAAAAUUAACUUAACUUUCUUCAAACCGUCGUGCUCGUAUUAAAACUGUCGUUGCUGGUACGGUCAAUGCUUUGGGAGUCUGUGUUUAUGUGCUGCUAGGUGAAAUUAUGACGUCGGAGAAUAAUAUUCAACGAAUGACAAAAUUAAUGCUUGCUGAUCAGCAGCCGCAGCUAAAUUCGCAGACGGGUACGACUGAACCGACUAGCAAUAAUCAGCUGGCUGAUAAAGUGGUUAUGAGAAAGUUCAACAACAGCGCUAGUAAUAAUGGUGCAAGUGGCAUCAAAAAUAAGCAUAGCAAUUGUAAUCGUAAUGUAGUUGGUACUAGUGAGGCCAUGGUUGACAGCGUGGCUACAUCGCCAACAUCGCCUGGUGAGAUGAGCACCAACGAUUUAAGACAACUGAAACGUGAAUCUGAUCCGCAAUAUUCCCGCUUCGCUGACUAUUUUGUGAUAUGUGGUUUAGAUCUGGAUACUGGCUUAGAGCCUGAUCGGUUUGCAGGUGAUAAUUUGCAUUGUUCACCUCUUGAUCGCGCAUAUAAAAGCAAACCGUUGGCACACUAUCCCGAAAAUGUAGCCUGGAAUCCAUUUGAUGCUCAUGGUAUAUGUAUGCUUUCACUGCCGCAAGGUUUACGUUUUCGAACCCAAAAACAUGAUAUUGAACCAAAAUUUCACUCGUUCGCCACCACCAGAGAAGAUGGAAAGCGUUGUUAUGGGUUCAGUUUAGUUUUCUAUGAGGAAAUUCGUAAUCGGAACAUAUGUAGUGCUAUGCACACGUUACAGUCUAUGUUUAUUACGGAAUUGUCGAGUGGUCAACAAAAUCACUCACUAGGCCGCGUAAGGGAAAGUCCUGUUAGCCGAUCUUUACCGCGACAUUUUAAAGUGGCUGGGCAGGCACCGCAAUCAGCACAAAGUUACUAUGACAUUACAAAAGAUAAAUUGUUUGUCGCCAAAAGUAUUUCUCUAAUAUGUCAAGUUCCGUAUGCAUUUGCUGCUCACGUUUUUCUCAGCAACCUCUAUAAAUGUCUUCCACGACAACCAGGAGCAGGUAUCAGUCUCGAAUCCUAUGUGUACAAUAUUUUGUAUGAAGUAAUGUUGCCACAGCCGGGUAAAUCUAUACGAAUUUACCUGCCUCCUUCUGAGCCGCACUUGCCGCCCUUAGCUGUGGUACUACAACGCCCAGAGCCUAGCUCUGAACUGCCAUUAUUGGACUUCCCAUUACGUUUGCUAUUCACGUAUCUCGGAGUCGAAUGUGUUAUCCAAUUAUUGUCAUGUGUGUUGCUUGAAAAUCAAGUUCUUUUACGUUCAAAUGACUAUCAGAAAUUAAUGAUUGUUGGUGAGUGCAUUACUUCCGUUUUAUUUCCAUUUGUAUGGCCACAUGUGUAUGCUCCAAUUUUGCCCGCUGCCCUCCAUCAUUUCCUCGAUGCGCCCGUACCCUUUGUCAUGGGUCUUCAUGCCGAUUGCGAAUCGGCCAAUAAGAUCGGUACAGAGGCUACACUCUGUUUCGUUGAUAUAGAUAAGAAAAUAAUACAACUGCCUGAAGAAUUGCCUGUAUUUCCACAUAAAAUAGAUUUCAUGGCAGAAAUAAUAUCAAUUUUAGAUAAAUUCGAAAUCGAAAGAGAUCGCUCAUAUGAACCAAUACUCAAAAAUGGUUAUGCAACACGUGAUCACGAUGUAAUGAUUAGUAGUUGCACUCUGCCGUCGGGCUUGCAAGCUGCGCGACGCAGUAAGGAACGCUUUAAUCAUCUGCAAGAGACUGUUUACACGCUGGCCGGUAGCGGUCAUGGUAGCCCAACUGGAGCAGAUAACGGCAUUGGUCAUCAUAUCGAAUAUCAGCCACUCAUUGCGCAUCCCUCGAAAAUCGAACAUGUUCCACGUAUUGCGGACUUCUUGCGGCGAAAAGGUGUACGCACACAAUCACCAAGUGCUGUGUCACUCAAUGAUGCGGGAAGCUUUGACGCCGUCGAUGCAACGAUAUCACCAACUAGAGCUGCAGCAGCUGCACGGAGAGAGAUAAAGGCGGCACCAACGCUAACACUGGAAGAGCAAUACUAUCAGGAUUUGCGUAUAAAUAAUGCGUUGCGUGAAACUUUUCUGAAUCGUUUUGUGCACAUGUUUUACGCUUACGAAUUUUUUGUUAUAUACCCGAAUCAAGCACGCGAUGAAUGGCUUUCAAAUCGUGAGACCCUGCAAAAUUUUGAUAAAUCAUCCUUCCUAUCAGAUCAACCUGAACAUCACCGCGCGUUUUUGUCGCGCUUUCUAGAAUCUCAGAUGUUCGCUACGCUAAUAGACAACAAAAUUCUGUCCAUGUGGGAAAAGGAGCCAGAUGUUAACUUACGCAUAUUUGAUCAACGUGUGAGGCUCUUAAGAAAACGGCAUGGUGAAAAUAUGAUUUGCGCCACCAGUUAUGAGCCGUGUGUUAUGUCACAGGAGGCGCAACAGGUAUACGAGAAGCGUCUGCAUUGCAUCGACAUUGAAGUGACUCCGCCCAGUGAGAUACUCUCCAAUAGAGCUGCCUAUUUUCGUAGUUUUCCCAUACUUGAAAAGUCCGUGCUAAACCAGGAAUGUGCUUCGAGGGGCAAUAGUUUGCGGCGCGUUAAGAAUGGUAAUAAGUGGCGUGCCAAGGAAAUUUCCAUUGACCAGAAGCAAACAAAUUCUCUAAAUCGUUUGUCAGCAAACCUCUCGACCGCCGAAGUUAGUCCGGCACUUUUGGCGCAGGCGAAUUGGACUUUUGUCGAACGAUUACUAAAGGACAUCAAGUCGAAAACUAAACGAAUGUUAUUGGAAAAGAUGGGUACCGAAGCGGUAGCAUUGGGUCUUAAAGGUGAUGGCAUUGAAGAGAAUACAUUAAUUGCAUCUUUAUGUGAUUUAUUGGAAAAGAUUUGGUCCCAUGGCCUACAAACCAAACAGGGCAAAUCGGCGUUAUGGUGUCAUUUACAGGCAUAUUUGGAGUUGCAGGAUGCACGCGCCAACAAUUGCAAUGCGCCGACUAUUACCAAUGUCACGCCCAAGGCUUUGGCUGGCAAUAAAAUUAGUAGUGGGAGUUAUGCGAGUACGACGCCAGCACUCGCGUGGAAUGUAAUGCGCAAACGAAUGGAUUAUUUAUCCACUUUCCAAACCGACAUCGAUAGUCCACCCAGUCCUAAUCGCAGUCGUUCGCGUGAUCGUAAUAAAUUUGUAGGUCUCGAACAGCUAUGUCCCUUGCCAGAGUCGUUAGAAUUUGAUGUUAAAAAUGUUCUGGCCAUGGCUGAUAUAAAGACGCACAUUGGUUACACACGAGCCUGGGUGCGUCUCUCGCUUGAAAAGAAGUUGCUAUCUCGUCAUUUUAGAACACUACUUUCUGAAGAGUCUUUACUACGUUCUCUCUAUAAACGUAACGCCUUUCUGCGUUGCGAAGAAGAAAAGGAACAAUUUUUGUAUCAUCUACUCACUCUCAAUACAGUGGAUUACUUCUCUUUCACCAACACAUAUCCCACAACAAAGCUCCCUUACCGUGUCGUGAUAUUUCCAUCGCGUAAGUAUGGCUCCUAUCAUACUUCCAGUAAUGUGUGGAUAAUUGUAUCCGGUACCAUGAAUGAGACCCAAAGGGUGCCUGUGCCCAAGGGAUCGCUGGAAUUUAUUUUUCAUUAUAAGAAUCUCGGUUUAUUGACAACAAUGCGGAUUGGCCACGAUAACUCGGGACCUUCGCAUAAAUGGCUAGUAGAACAUGUAGUCAUGCGUAAUGAAGUGACUGGCCACACCUACAAAUUUCCAUGCGGUCGUUGGCUUGGCAAAGGUGUUGAUGACGACUCUACUGAACGUUUACUUGUUGGACAACGCGCAUCAACAAACUCUAAGAGCGCUGAGAUACCAACGGUUGCCAAUCAAACACCACCACGAACACGCAGUCCAAGCGUACAACGACAGGAUACCGUGCCAACAUCUGAAUUGCAACAUCAGUUGGGAAAUUGCGUGAAUGUGAUUGUUAAGUGGCAUUACAAGCCCAGUCGUGAUCGCGAUGUUGGUACAUUGACAAAUUUACUUUGUGGCGAUGACGGUUUAGUAAAAUGCCUGGAGCGUGUAUUUCUAUGCGGUUUUCGUUCGACUCGUUUCUUCGGAAAGAAUCUUUAUAUAUGGGAUUACUUCACUAAAAUUAAAGAGCAAUUCGAACAAUACUUGCAACACGAGCAACAACAACAACAAACACACCAACAAUUGGAUGAUUCUGCCUCUAGCAUGGACUCGUCAUUCAGUGAUGGCAGUGGUGCGAAUAGCUUGCAACGGCGGGAGUUGUCUGCCAUUUGGCGUUACUAUGUACAUUUAAUGGAUGAGAUAAGUGCAGCCGGUAGUCAAUUGGGCAAAGAUGGGAAAUUUCAAUUGCUUAUUUGUCUUAGCUUGCGUGAGCAUUUGCUAACACGCAUGAUCAAACCGAUGGCCAUGACGAAAGUCACAUAUGAAAUGUACGAAGAAGAAAGUUUUCUUCGUCGUAAGAAUCUACUCACAUUUCUAAUUCAAAUACUCGAACCACUUGAUGAUUGUCACAUUGUGCUAGAAAACUCAAUUACUCAAGGAAUUCCAUCACAAUGUUAAUUUAAUGUUAGAUAAUAAGAAAAUAAUCGCACACAUGUACAAUUACAAGUAAGCUGUCUUAUUGAUUCCUAAAAAAAAUUAAUAUGUUUAUUUUGUGCAGCUAAUGAAGCGAGUCAUGUCUGUAGCUAUCUAUAUUUUUGAUGUACAAUAACAGAAAGGAAUAUUAAUAAUAUAAACAAACACAAGUUUGCAAAAAUAGAAGUCCAAUUCUUGCCCAGUAACGUUAACCAAAGACUUCGAACAAUUUUGAACUAUUUUUUUUUUGUUACAUAUGUUUUUUUGCUUAUAUAAUUUAUAAUAAGAACGUUAUAUUUUUUUUUUUUGCUAAAGCAUAACUUAUAGACUAAAGAUAGGCAUCUUAUUUCCAAAUUAAAAGUGAUGACGAUUUUUGUGCAAUUAAUAUUUAAUAGUUAUGUAAGAUGAAAAUUAAAAGAAAAAGAAACAAGAAUUUUCUUAUAAUUUGUUUCACAAAAUUUCGCUCAUACGGUGUCAAAUCUUACUAAAAAAGACUUCAAUGUAAAAUGGUUGCUUACGUACAAUUAUGUACAUACUUACAUAUUUCCUUAAUAUACCAAAGAUUUUGUUUUGUAUAUUCACAAAUUAUGUAAUACUUUUUCAAGUUAACAUAUAAAUACAUAUGUAUGUGCUAUGUAUAUUAUCUAGAUUUCUUUCCAGGUGAGAUUAUUUACAUUUUUCGUGUUGCAUUUUUUGUUUCCAUUUACUCAUAAUAUUACAAUUUAAUUAUAUCUAUCAACUUAUUUUUGCUACCAUUGAUAUUAUUUACUUCUUUUGGGGUUUAUUAGCUUAAGACAUACAUAACUAUGAUCUUUCAACAUUCGAAUUAAUAAAAAUUUAAUACUCAAUUGUGUAGUAUGCACUUAAUACUAUGUAAUACACACAUAUACACAACUUUGAAAUUGUGAAUCUCUGCAAACUGUAAAGACAUUAAACUGAAUAAAAUAAUAUUGAAGAUGUAAA